GCUGAGGCGCAGCACCCACAGCUCCCGGCCUUCGCCCGAGCGGCCGAUGGAGAAGAGCCUGGCCAAGCCGCGAGGGGCCUCGUCCUCCGCCAAGCGACGCAGCGACGCCCCCAGCUCCGCUUCGUCCAGGUAGCGCGUCACCGCCCCGCCGGCAGCCGAGGGCUCCGUGGAGGCCGCCGCCUCCGCUUUCUUAAUGUGUGCCGCCUCCGCCCCGCGCCGCCACAACAAAAAUAAGAAGAAGAAUGAGGAUAAAGCUAAGGGCAAUAGACCGCCGCCGCCGCCCCUGCCCGCCAUCGCCGCCUCAGAUGUGACAGGCCGCUCGCCCGCCGCCGCUGAGGGGAGGAAAAGUGCUCGCUGAGGUAACUCGACACUCGAUUGGCCAGGAGGGAGCAGGGCAGCGCGCCAAUCGGAGAAGACGGCAAACAGCCAAUAGGAAAGGGGAAGGGGGAAGAGAGCCAAUAAGAAAGGCUGGAGGGCGGGCUAAAGGCGCGAAAGAGGGCGUUGUUUAACCCCUGAGGGGCCGGAGAAGAGAGAAAAAGCGUUUCGAGGUUGGUGAAUAGUUGGGAGAGAUAGAACGGGAAUCUAUGGAUGGAAAGAAGCGGGGAGAGAGAAAGGGGGCGGGAGAAAGCAGGACGGAAGCCAAUGAAAGACGACAGAGGAGAUGACGGAGAGGUUGAGGGGCGGGGCUGAAAGCGGGAGACGUGGAAAGAGUAGAGAUGAUGUCGACGUAACCAACUGUUCACGUGAGUGGGAUACCUGCGUGUGCAGCGUCACGUCUGGAAGAGAAAACACGGAGAUUUCUCAGAUUUAUCUAUCAUCUUGUUUAGCUAUUGUAUUUUUAUCCUGCAUGUCUUACAAAUUAAUUUAAAAAAACAAAAUAACAAACGUUAAAAAAGCCAGAUAGAUACUGACCGUGAUCUUGCAAAAAAGACCAAUUUCCCUUAAAAGGGUCCGUUUCCUUUGAUAACAUAAAACGAGCCUUCUGGAUCUGACCAAACGGACUCCAACCAGUCCAGCCUCCUGUUGCCGCAAUGGCCAGUCACCUCGCUACUUUUGAUAACCAUUAACUGAUAUUUUGCCUGUAAACUGCAAGAUUCUGUGUGUUUGACUGUAUUCUAGUGGCUGAUCCGAGAUCAUAAUAAAGAUUAAUUGAGCAUCAGAUAUUCACAGUGGUGAGAGAACACGGCCACUUGUGUUUAGUAGCCAUAGAUGGUCUCAUCCUCCAUAAAAUUGUUCAAUAUUUUAAAGUCAUCCAAGUUAGUGACCAUCACUGCAUCUUGCAGUGUAUGCAGAGUAAAGUCCAUACAUAAGUUGGCAAAGGCUGCCCCAGAAUAUCUGAAGAUAAUGGACUUUUUGGACGGGGCCACUAGGAUCAGCUUCGUGGUCAGUUGGUGCCACAGGUGGGAAGGAAAACACCUGCAGGCUGCCAAACCCUUUCAAGGUUUGUUUGCCGAGGUUUUCUUGAGACUGACGUAUGCAGAGUUGUGAAAUCAAGGAAGCUGAGCGGGCUUGGGAGAAGGCAUUGACCCUGCAGGAAUUCCUCUGUAGGAACAUUGUUCUCAUAAUGGGACUAAAGCCAUGAAUGAUUCGUGACUCACUCGCACCCCUGUGGUUGCUGGCUGGUGUUUAUCCAUCCCAUAAUGCAGCCAGCCAUUAGGUCUGCUCUGUGGUUCUGCAUCUGUUGCACUUAAACCUUUUAAUAUUUGGACCCCCGAAAGAUAAGAGAGAAAGAAGCAAUGGCUCACUGAGAAUGUAUUCUCUUUGAAGCGUGUUGCACUUAACAGGAGCUGCUCAUGAGAAGAAGUUUCCCUUGGAUCCCAUGCAGGGUUUUGAAAGCCUCUUCAGAAGUAACCAGGACAAAACGAGGCCAAAAGCCAUUUGUCAUGAGAAUGAAUUGAAUGUUAAGACUUUGUUGUCAAGUAGAAAGAAACAUGAAACAUGGAAUAUCUUUUCCUAUAUGGAAUUAGAGACACCCACCCUGUGUUUGGAGGGUGAGGAAAUGCAGUUUCUCUACAGUCAAGUGGAUUUCGAUGAUGUGCAAGUUUAACCAAAAAAGUCUCUCUCACACACACACUAAUUUUCUAUUUUAUUUUUUCCAAGUCAUGUACAAAUAUAUAAUAUACAAUAUUAAUUAAGGAGAGGAGAGAAAGUGAAGCAAAUAAAGAAAAAUAAUGAUGCACAUUUCCCUUCUCGUUCUCUGCGUAACAUAUUCAAAGAAAAUAAGUAAAUUAUAAAACAUAAAAGUACAUGGAUUUACAUUUUUCUGCACUCCAUUACACCAGUACAUUAUAAACACUCCAUUUUGCCACAAAACUGUUGUGAGAUUGAUUAUCUGUCCUUCUUUAUUUUGAUUACCAUAGUCGGCUUCAGUCACAUCCUCUGUCCAACGUUCCAGUCUUCCAAUGUGGAAGUUCUUGUUCUGUUAUAACAUGGAUAUUCUUUGUCACUUGUCAGUACCUAAAUCUUUGAUGGAUCCUAAGUGUAUGAUUAAUGGAUCCACUGGGAGUAUAUAACAUGCAAUCGUUUCUAUUUCUUUUAACACCUUGCUGCAGAAUAUCUGGUUCCAAGAUAAAGAUCCAUUAAGCCCAUUAAAUACGCUGCAAAUUGGCACUAUUCAUUUUACAACUCCCAACAGAAAUCGCUUGCUGUUCUAUAUGUAUGAUUAGGACAUGAUGGUAUCGGAUGCAUUAGACCUGCAUUUUAUAUGUAUGAAUGUAUUUUUAGCUUUUAUUCUCUUUUAUCUUUAUCCUGGUUUUAAUCUUUGCACUAUUUUGUAAAUUGCUUCAAGCUACUUUUUGUGACAAAAGUACAGUAAUAAGUGCAAUAAAUAAUAGUAUCACUAUUGCAUGAUUAACUCAACUUUGAGAUUAACACUUAUAGUUUGCUGUGGAAUAUUUAACCAGAGCCACUGUCACACAAUCAUAAAUAUAACCAAAAUCUUCCCAUUUCUGCUGGUAAUUAUUUUCUUUUGAUUCUAUGUUGCAUCUCAUUCAUAUGAUUUAUUUGAUCAUUUUUGCAAGUUAUAUUUUGACACCCUACGUUCAAAUUCCAGUAUUUCCAGGAGAGGACCCUGUUUUGCAACUAAAAGUCUGAGUAAUAUUUCAUAACUGUAAAUAUUGGAAGGAUUGUGGUCCUUUUUGUUGCCCUCUUUCAGUCUCUUCCUUUUCCUCCUCUUCCCUAACAGCCACAGACCUGCCUGGGAGCACUUUAAAAAAUGUUUUUAUUAAAAGAUUUUAUUGGGUAGCAAAGGUACAUACACUGUCUCAGUUUUUAGUCUGUAGAGUUCUUUGUUCAGGUUAUUUAUAUUCAGUGUGAGACAUUACUGUCGUAGGCAGCAUGCAGUUGGGGGCGAGAGAAGUGGGGAGAGAGCAGAGAGGAGGAAGAAGAGGGAGACAGCAAACUUUCAUUCUAUUACAUAGUGUACGAGUGGGGCUUUUGUGUCAGCGUCAAGUGAAUAGGUAUCCUAUUCUUAUGGGUGGUGAGAGAGACCAAAAGGCCCAGGGUGAGCACUUUGAAAUAUUGUGUCUGCUGUGUCUUUACUAGGUCAUGAGGUUCCCUUCUCCCCUUUACACCUGUCUGAAACCUGGUCCAAACCAGGUCUAAGACCGGGAGGUUAAGAAUGUGGAAAGUGAGCUUUUCAGCUUAUCACGUCCUAGAUCUCCUUUCUUCUCAGGUGUGUGGGGCUUUCAGUUACAUGCUGGACCUGACUGGUGACGACUAAUUAAUUACGUUUUGUGGCUAUUUCAACAUGUUCCCAAGAAAAGCUCUAAGGAUUGGCACUCCCUUUCCAUCUGGUCUCAUGGCCUGGGCUUGCAGUUGGUGGACGCCAAUUUCCUGCAGUGGCUGUUGCCAGAUGCUUCCAAAGAAGGCACAGAAACCUCCAUGGUGCACAGCAAAUCUUUCUGUCUAAUUGCAAAAUUGUAGUCUUGUGACAAAUGUAAAGGAGAUGCCUGGUCUAGCUCUCUGUCAGCCUGGAUAUUUUGUGCCCCCUAAUUUCCAGGGAACCGACCCAAUUCUCACAGUGGUGAUCAUCAGCAUAGUGGUUUAAGGAACAAUGAGCAAGCCCCCAUUUUUAAAUCUCAACUCUAAUCUAACUGAAUAGUGUGGCAUGGGAAACUGCCACCUCUUCUCUUUAGCUCCCACCAAUAAAGUAGCCAUAGAGAUUACCUCAAUCCUGUACGCAAAGCACCUGAAGCACAUUUUCAAAAGUUGAAUUUUACAUUACCACACUUACAGCAGGGUCCUGGCUGAAGUGUGAGCCUCCUGCACCCUCUAAGCCACGUUGCAUUCAGUCUCUUCCAUCCUACAGUUUGGAAAUAGAAGGAAUGCAAAUAUCCCAAGGCUGCAAAAGGGCAGCCCUAAAUCUUAUGCUUCUGCUCCCCCUGGUGGCAACUCUCAUCAUUCAAGAAAUUGGAAUUUAAUAAAUGACUGCGAGCUUAGCCACAUUAGGCACAUGAAAGAACACCCCAUCCAAUUUGACAGCAAGUAGGAGUGACUGAAAAGUGGUAAGUGGCCCAACUGGUUACCUUUUCUGAGACACUUCUGUGCCAGCUUCCUUCUGACCUUUGUGCUAGAGCACAUCUCCAUUAGGUUCAGUGUUGUGUUAUUUUGGCAGGAUCUAAGGCUGCUCCUUUUCAGAUUUUAGUUCUCUUUGGAUAAAGUUUGAAAAAUGGUUCUCCUUGGAUCAGAGCAGUGGAAUAGCAAAGAUCCUGCCAUGUGGCCUUGGUCUCAUUAAGAGUCAUCCAAAUGCUACCCCCCUCAACACCACCUGCCCUGUGUGCACUGACUUUGCCCCAUUGCUUCUCAUCAUAACCCCAGGCCUGGCCCAAGUGGGUUUAGAACUAACCAGCAUUUCCCACUUUAAAAUCUUGCAUCCAAAGCAAGGCAAGGGCUUAACAGUGGCCACAGCUCAUGUAGGUGAAGUCUGUCAAAUGUAUUAAACAAUAGCACAUUUUAUGGCAAUGGCUGUCAACAUUAGUAUACAAUUUCCAGAGAAUAAUGCUGGCUGUUGCCCUGAGCAUGAGGUGAAAUGACCUGUUAAUUAUGUAUAUUUCUUUCUUUUCUUUCUAUUUGGAUUGAUGCCAAAUAGUUUCUUCUCAACCUUUUGGCUUCAGGGAUGAGGAGCUGACAUAACAUUGGAUUGGAUCUUGUUGGACUUUGUAGCUUAGGCGAGUAAUAAAUUCUGCUUCAGCAGAGCGAAGAGAUGGGCAGAAUGCUGUGACUCGCUAGCGCAAGAUGUAGGAUAUUAGGAUCUGGCAACCUGGCUCUCCUCAAAGGUGGCCUUUGACCACCUUGUACAACAAAGGUGUGCACUAAGGCAUCCCCUUAGCACCCAGUGCUGUUAGAGGGGAAGGGCAUUCUGCCCACAGAAGGACUGUGUGCUGCCUUCAGAGUCAAAAUCAGGGGUGGUUGACCCAUGAUAGAUGCACUUUGCUGCUUGUUACUCAUUGCCUCAGCCACGGCCAUAAAUCUGGGAAAGGUUUUUGGCCAGCUUCCUUUUGGGAGAGAGAAGCACCCAGUGUUUACCCAGGAAGUCCUUAAGAGAACGCGGCCUUGAACUCAAGUGGAUCACUUGUCUCUGCACGGCAAUAAAGACAUAUAACCACGGGUGCCUAUAAAAGCCCAAGGAAGGCCGUGGUUUGCUCUCUAUUUCAAGACAAGUGCCCACACGAUUGGCCUUUUCCAACGUAAGUGUCAGUAUUUGGCAGAGAAGAGGGCAGUGGGGUAGCGAGGUGGCAUUUCCUGGGGUGGGGGGCUAUUUCUCAUAGCUCCCUGAAAUGUGGAAGGCAUUUGUAGACCCCGGGCUGUUGGGUGAAGAAGUAUGUGUUCAGGGAAUUUUUAAAUGUGUGACGUUUUGAUGUAUUUUUAAUCCUUGUUAUAAGCCGCCCAGAGUGGCUGGGGAAACCCAGCCAGAUGGGCGGGGUACAAAUAAAUUAUUAUUAUUAUUAUUAUUAUUAUUAUUAUUAUUAUUGGUUCUGACUUUGGGGUGGGUGACUUGGGCGCUCCUCCAACCUUAUGGGGGGCAAUCACUACCACGAGGCUCAGAGUGACUCUCUCCUGCCUCCUUUCUGCUGCAGGUCUUGGGCCAGAGAUCUUCGCAGAUGGCCUCAGGGGGGAUGACAGGCAUCCUUUGCAGGACACCUCUCUUCAUCUUCGCACUUUUGCCUUGUGCUGUCACAGGUACGCAACCAGCGUGGGUCCUCACCUGAGCUUCCCAAUGGAGUUCCGCAUCUGAAUUGGGGGAAGAUUAAAUGAUCCUCUCUUCUUACUCAUUCAGCCAAACUGUUGAUUUUUGGAAUCAGGACAGCUGUUGAUGCUAUUUUUUAAGAGUCUGUCUGUCUUUUUUUACAAAACUUUGCUUCAUGGGACUGACGUCUUUCCCCCUCCCCAGGCACCCAUCUGGUUAUCAAUGGCAACACUGCUGACUACCAGCUGUCAACAAAGCCAGGCGUAGCAGAGUCCCUCGUGUGCACAGUGCACAACAACAGUCAGGGAGAAGAGCUGCUCUGGUUCCGAGGGGACACACAGGUCGACCUGAAAGAUGGAAACAAAGUGAAUGCCAGCAGCGUCUGCAUCUACCCCGUCGCUGUAGAUGACAAUGGAGUUUCCUUUACCUGCAAGUUGGCCCGAGAUGGAUCUGUCAUGAUGUCUGUGGUCCUGGAUGUCCGUUGUGAGUGGCCAGCUCUAUGCUACUGAGGAAGGGAGGCAGUGCCUGUAGGCUGGGUUCUCUACAGAAUUUCAGAUAGAUAGAUAGAUAGAUAGAUAGAUAGAUAGAUACACACACAUACAUAAAUAUGAGAGAAUCUAGUCCAUUUUUAUAUUAGAUUUCUCUCCUUUUGUGCCCAGAAAUUAAAUGGCAUUUAAAAUUAAAUCUGAUUUUUAUAGAACCAGGGGGUGGCACCCUCCCUGUGGAACGCCCUCCCAUCAGAUGUCAAGGAAAUAAACUACACAAUUUUUAGAAGAGAUCUGAAAGCAGCCCUGUAUCGGGAAGUUUUUUUGACGUGUUAUUAUGUUUUAUAUUCUGCUGGAGGCUGCCCAGAGUAGGUGAGGAAACCCAGCCAGAUGCGUGGGGUAUAAAUAAUAAAAUAAUUGGUUUCUGUGCAGUUACAGACCUGGGUGCUCUGCCUGCACAAUGACAGAAGCAACCAUGGUUUUUUUUAUAAAUAUUGUUUUUUAAUGGUUGCUAUUUUGUGUUUUGUCAUUUGGGACCAGUGCUACAGCACUUGAGGAGUUUUACAAGCCGCCCCCUUCUCUCUGCUCUGAAUAUUCAUUCAAGCGUAAUAUCAAAGAAUUGAGGAAUGGGAGCUGUUGAAUGUGAUCCUUUGUUGUUCUCCACAGUCCCCCCCAUCCUCAGUGGAGAAGACCCUCCCCCACAGGAAGAACAGGCCGAUGUGACACUGGAUUGCCACACAAAGGCCAACCCUCCUGCUCAGAUGGCCUGGUAUAAGGACAACAGCUUUCUGACCCUGGAGAAAUCCCGUUACCACAUUUAUCAGACCAGCGAGCUCUUUCAGUUGACCAUUGCAAAGGCCCAGAUAUCCGACAAUGGGAUAUACACCUGCGUGGCUAGUUUGGAUGGGAUAACAGAGAAGAGGGAUUUUCACCUGACUGUUGAAGGUAAUGCAACUGCUGUGAUGUGGCUGGCCCACUGGCCACUUGGGGCCUGUAGCCCAGCCAGCUGAAGUCUUCUUGCUGGGUGCUUGCCUUGAUGUCUUUGACAUCUUCCCUUCCUACCUGUGUUGGCUGCAGGCAGGUCUUGCCUUGUGCAAGGUCAUCUUCAAAGACCAGGAUAUUAAGCCUGAAAGCACACACAGGGGUCAGCUUUCUCUCUGGUUUACCUUAUGAAGGCAGGACCAGCCCUCUAAAUCCAUCAGGAGCUGCUGCGUUAUCAGCAGCUCAGUGUUUGUAACUGGGAGCCAAUGAAAUCAAGGCCCUGGUAGUCAUUUCAAAGAAGCCAUUUGUUUGCUGUGUCUAGAUCAGCAGGUUGGGGAAGCUCAGUACCUCCAGGCCUGUCUCUCCGGCACUCAGAACACUCCCCAGCCCUGCUCCAGGCUCACCUCAAGUGCUUUCCCCUGUCUUUGAAUUGUUGUAAUGCCUCUCGCUUACCUGGGUGGAGAAUAGAGAGAGGGGAGUGUGCAUCAGCCUCUGGCUUUUGUGUGGCUGGAGUUUUAAGGGGAUAGUAAGAGUCACUGCCAUAGUUCUGCACUCCUUUGCCUUUGGCCCUGGCCACCUCUGGGAUGUGACCUCUGGAAGGUUGCAACAAGGGAACAUGUCCCUCGACUCCACUGCUCCUGGACUAGAUUCUUUGGAUGAGGGACUAAAGGGUUAAUGGUUAAUGGUUAAUGAGAGCCAGUGUGGUGUAGUGGUUAGGAGCAGUAGCCUCGUAAUCUGGGGAACCGGGUUCGCGUCUCCGCUCCUCCACAUGCAGCUGCUGGGUGACCUUGGACUAGUCACACUUCUUUGAAGUCUCUCAGCCCCACUCACCUCACAGAGGGUUUGUUGUGGGGGAGGAAGGGAAAGGAGAUUGUUAACCGCUUUGAGACUCCUGAAGGGGAGUGAAAGGCGGGAUAUCAAAUCCAAACUCUUCUUCUUCUGCCGCCUUUGGAUUAGAUGACCUUUGGAUCCCAUCCCUCACCCUAGUUCCUGAGUAUAGACUCAAAGGCACCACCCAGAAUAUUAAGCAUCUGGUUCAUGCUCACAAUUUGAGAUCCGGGAGUGGCUGGUAGGAGCCAGCAUUUGGCAAGAUCAGGCUGCCAUAUCUUCGCUGCCCCUGUGGACCUCCUGAACACACUCUUCUUCCAUUUAUGGCUCUAGGAGGGCAUAAAACACUCUCAGCCUUUCAGAGCCGUCAAGUCAGCAGCCUCCUGUGUUUGGGGAGAGACCAGUGGUAGACCAGGCACCUUGCAUGCAGGUUCAGUCUCAGGCAGCUCCAAGUAGCAGGUGAUGGGAAGAACCUCUCUCUGCCAGAGACCCUGGAGAGAUGCUGCCAGUCAGAGUAGGCUGUGCUGAGACAGUUGACCUGGUGUAAGGUAGCUUCUGAUGUUCACUGAAUACAUUUAAUAGCAUUGAUACUCCAUGUCCAAAAUCCAGCUGAGAAGGCGGGUUGCAUUUGUUCUCCCAACAGAAGGGAAGCUCCCUUUCCCAAUGGAGGCUGUCAUUGCUGCGGCUGUGGUCGUUUUUUUCACUAUCCUCUUUGGCAUUGUGGCUCGAUGGAAGCGGAUUGCAAAGGUAAGAAGGACCUGGUAUGUUAGAACAUCAGAAGAGAGCCUGGCUGCUGGAUCAGACCCAAGGGGGGCCCAUCUGGUCCAACAUCCUGUUCUCACAGUAGCCAACUAGAUGCCCCAAUUGGAUGCCCACAGGCAGGAUCUGAGCACAACAGCAUCACCCUUCCCCCUGUGGUUUCCAACAGCUGGUAUUCAGAGGCCUCCUACCUCGGACACUGGCUAGUUGUCACUGAUAGCCGCCUCCUCCAUCAUGAAUUUGUCUUGUCCUCUUUUAAAGCCAUCCAAGUUGGUAGCCAUCACUGCCUCUUUUUGAAGGCAAAUUCCAUAGUCUAUAUGCUGUGAGAAGGUCCCUUUCUUUUGUCUGUCCAGAUAUUGUUUCAUUUUGGAAGCUAAAGAGGCACCCAAAUGUAUCACCACCCUUUGUUAGACGGCAGAGACCAGCGGGGAAACCCUUUGCGUUGCCUCAGCCAGCAGGGGGCGCCAUUCAGGGAACCCCUUUCUGACCCAGACAUGGUGUUGUGCUUCAGACUGAAAUGCCUCCCACCCACAGCCCUUUUCCCCAUCUUCUGCUUGCUUUGUUGAAAAUGAGGAAGGAGCAAGGAGCAAGCGGGGUUGAAAGGAGGUGGGGGAGACACUUCCAGCCACUCCAUUUCAACAGGGCUGAGGGCUCUGUGUCAGGUGGGAACCAAAGCUGCUCCUGUGUUGUAGCUCAGCCGGUUAGAGCGUGGUGCUGAUAACACCAAGGUCAUGGGCAACUGGUGCUGGCCGGCUGCAUAUUCCUGAAAUGCAGGGGGUUAGACUGCACGAUUGUUGGAGUCCCUUCCAACUCUACAGUUCCAUGAUUCUAUGUACACAUUUGCAAGAUUUCUACUUGCUACUACUUCCUAGCAUAGGGGUAGCGCUCCUGUGUCCCUGCAGAUGCUGUUGGGACUCCAAUUCCCAUCAUUGCUGGCUGCUGGGAGUUGGGGUCUCAACCAUACCUGGAAAGCCACAGGUGAGCCACCACUGCCCUGCCAAAACCACAGACUCAGCUCCCAUCCGAAAUGUAUGCAGCUGGAAGACGUUAACUGAAACCAGUGGCACUGAAACCCCUCCUUUUUUAUUUUUAUUUUAGUGCUUUGGGAUAGGGUGCAACUCGUCAAGCAACACGUUUCUGUAAGUAUUUUUGACACCAGUCCUUAUUCAGAAAGCUCAGUGAUGAAGCUGGCCCUAAAAACUCCUCCUCAAAGCAGGGCUGGCCAGAGGCAUUGUGCAGCCUGAAGCAGAAAACCUAGAGGCACCCCCUUCUCUCCCAAUCAAUAUGGGGCUUGUGAAGGAGCCUGUCAGCCCCCCCCCUUGCCUCAAGGGAAAAUGCACCCCAGAACCACCCCACCCCAGGCAAGCAAGAGGGAACCUGCAGUCUUCCCAAGAGAGAAGCCUACUUUGGAACUGCCAUCCCUUGUUUUCUGGGUGCUGGAAGCUGCCUUUCAAAAGGACCCCAAAAGCACACAAGAGCAGGGUGUUGUGGCAUGUUGGUGGUGGUGCUGCUGCUUUGUAGCCUGGCGUGCAACUUAGGAACCUGUGCCAAAUGGGCACAAAACACAGCUAUGUGGCUGCACAGGUGACCAUGCGAAGAGCCACAGUUACAGACAAGCCCUCUUUUAGCUUUCUCCCUUUCUUUGAUCUUUGAAGGUGGGAGUGUACACUCCAGUCUCAUGUGAUUUAAAUCUAGCCACUGACCACAGAGCCAAUGAAAGGGAACGUUGCUGUACUCUGGGUAAAGAUCUGGCUCCACUCUCAGCCCAACACAAGCCUUGUCUUACUUACUAUAUCUAUAUUAUAUUUAUAUCAGGCACCAGGCAAGAAUGUUCCUCUAUAACCAGGCCUGUGGCUGAUUAAUCUAUGGUCUUUUAAAUGUGCUUAUAGGAGGGGGGUUAUUUGUUUGUUUCGUCAUUAUGUUGUGUUCUCAGUUUGCAUUGUUAUGCUGUAAACCUGUAAUCUUCUGAUCAAGGGCAGUAUACAAAUUUAAAUCAUCAUCUAGCCAAGAUGGGGUUUGUUUGUUUUUUUAAAAAAUGUUGUGCUCCUUUCAGAUGUGUUUACUUUUUAUCUGUUUUCUUCCCUUCCAGGUGAAGGAAUUCCUCCACUGGAGCAAGCAAAGGAGCACCCCUGCCCAUCACCACAGAUGACAAGACCCUUCCAGCUUUUAAGGGCCCUGGUUCAGAGGCCUCUUUGAUAGCAUUUAAAAGUUGCACACUUUCUGCUGUCUGACAGUUGCUCCUGUAGGUUUAAGUGCAUAUAUUUGGCUUACAAUUGAGAAAGUCAGGCUGGCCAGACCUUUGGUGUUUUACCAAGGUAAAAUAUUAACUUCAGGCUUGCCAUUCAAAUGCCCAAACUGCAAAUCAGGAAUGGGGAAUUUGUGUUUCUCUAGAUGCUGCCAAACCCCAUCCUCACUGACUGCAGGCUAUACUGGCUGAGGCUGAUGAGAGGUGGAGUCCUAACGCCACCCAGAGGACCAAAGGCUUCCCUGUCCUUGCAGAUUAUUUUAAAAAGUAAAUAUAGAGUUAACACACUGGUUGCUGUUUUGCUACAGAGCCAGGUUCAAGGUCUUCAUGUUAACUCACAAAGCUCUAAACAACUUGGGACCAAGGUACCUUAAGGACUGCCUGAUCCUUUAUUCUCCACCUUGAUCCCUGAGAUCCUCUGGUGGGCCACCUCUGGGGGGAGUGUUCUCCAUGCCCCAGAAGUUCAGCUGGCCUUCACUAGGGACUGAACCUUUCAUGGAGUGGGCUCUGCCCUGUGGAACUCUCUGCCAGUAGAGGGUCAGCAGGAACCACCCCAGCCUUCCUUCAGACGUCUCUUGAAAUUUGCACUUUUUAAACACAAUAUGAUUUUGUUCCUUUUAACCAACCAGUACUGAUUGCUGUUUCGUUGUUUUUUCUAAUUAUGUUUUACAUAUAUUUAUGUAAACAAUCAUACAUAUUCAAACAAACAAAUAAAUACAAUAUCAGUAC